AUGUCCAAGCCUCGCGUCAUUUACUGGUACUCCACCUCCUAUCCCUUGUGCGCGAGCCAUUCUAGCCCCGUGUGCUGAUGUGCCACAGGUUUCGAACCGACUUACGGCUCCAUGACAAUCCCGCGCUCAAAGCGGCACUGGACCUCAAGCCAGAAGUGCUGUACCCAAUCUGGUGUUGGGACAGUCAUUGUACGGUGAUGCCGAACACCAUUCCCAGACCCGGGUGCUGACCAUCAACUGCUGGUGUCUAGAUGUUUACCGCGCCAGGGUCGGAGUCAAUCGAUUCCAAUUCCUGAUGGACUGCCAGAAUGAUCUCUCCAAGAGCAUCACGAAGCUCAACAAGAAGAGCAAAUUAUUCGUCAUGCGAGAGCCGGCGCUCACGCUGUUGCCGAAGCUGUUCAAGGCGUGGAAGAUCUCGCAUCUCGUGUUUGAGAAGGACACCGAUGCCUAUGCCCGGGAUCGCGACCACGAGGUCAUGGAGAUGGCGAAGAAAGCUGGCGUCCAGGUCAUCGUCAAGUCUGGUCGCACGCUCUGGGACAGCGAUGAGAUCGUCAAGGCAAAUGGUGGCAAGCCUACGAUGAGCAGCACGCAGCUCCAGGCGGCCGGGGCCAAGGUUGGGGAGAUCGCCGCGCCAGUGGCAACGCCUACAUCUCUCCCGGAUCCGGGGGACAUGAAACUGGACGAGAUCGAACAGACACAACCCGACCCGAAACCGGACUUCAACGAGAACCAUCGUGAUGGACAAGAGAGAUCGUACAGCUCUGGCAUUGCUGGUCCCAAGGGAGACUACGCGCCACCCUCGACGGGGGAAUUGGGCAUGCCAUCUGCCACAACACCUCAUAAAGGCGGCGAGAGUGUCGUCUUGAAGGCCCUGGAUGCCAUGUUUGGCGACGAGGAUUACGUUGCUACCUUUGAGAAGCCGAAGACUUCGCCCGCGGCCUUUGAGCCACAAUCGACGUUUCUGACCUCUCCGUACCUGCACUUCGGUGCUCUGAGCUGCCGCUACGUACGUAUCACAAGUUCUUGAUUGCGAUGGCCCCGCUGAUGUCUUCAUGAUAGUUCUACCAUAAAACCGAGGAGCUCAUCGAAAAGCGCAAGAAGACUAAAAAGCCCUGCUCCAGCCCACCAGAAAGUCUGACGGGACAGCUCCUCUUCCGAGACAUGUACUUCGCCUGCCAGGCUGCUCUGGGUUGGAGCUUUGGUCAAACGUAUAACAACAGCCAUUGCCGCUUUGUGCCGUGGCAUUUACCCAGCAAGGUGAACGUGCGCACGAAAAUUGUCACGGGAGAGUACGAAGUCGACGACGAGGAAAAAGAGGUCUGGUUCCAACGGUGGCGAGACGGCACGACCGGAUUCCCGUGGAUCGACGCGAUCAUGCGCCAACUCCGCCAGGAAGGUUGGAUCCACCACCUGGCGCGGCACUCCGUCGCCUGCUUCCUCACCCGCGGCGGGGCGUACAUUUCCUGGGAACGCGGCGCCGACGUCUUCGAAGAGCUGCUCCUCGACCACGAAGCCGCGUGCAACAUCGGCAACUGGCAAUGGCUCAGCUGCACGGCCUUCUUCGCCCAGUUCUACCGCUGCUACAGCCCCAUUGCCUUUGGGAAGAAAUGGGACAGCAACGGCGAUUACAUCCGCCGAUACGUCCCGGAACUCCAGGCCCUGCCGGCCAAGUACAUCUUCGAACCCCACAAGGCUCCGAUCCAGGACCAGAAAAAGGCCGGCGUUCUCAUCCGGGGCGAUGGAUCCGAGACGGAAAGCGAUGGCGGCCAUCGGCUGUAUCCGAAGCCCAUGUUUGAUUUCAACGAGCGCCGCGAGAUUUGCAUUCAGGGCAUGAAGCAGGCGUAUCACGUCAAGAUGUACGGGGACGAUCCGCGAGUGCUGGAUGGGUCGUGGAAGCAGGCGUUUGAUGACUCCGCCGAGGGUCCCACGGCUGGGGAACAUGGUGGGCCGGGAGGACUGGACACUUUCGAUGAUGCUGAUGCGGAUGGGACUGAAGAAGAGGGCGGCGGCGGCGGCGGCGAGGAGGGCCGUGGCGCGGGUUCCAAGAAGGCAACGAAGCAGAGUCCCAAGAGUCCGCAGGCGGCGUCGCGGCGCGGACAUAAGCGAGAGCACAGCCAGGGCACGUUGGAUGGGGCUUUCGAGAAGAAGCGCGCGAAAUGA